UUCAAUUUAGACAUUGACAAUUGUUAUGAUUGUAAGGGGUUUCGAGGACCACAUUCUUCAAAUUCGACCUACUUUACGUGCAGAAGAUGUGUGGGUGCAACAUGAAGCAGAAUACCUUGAUUGGUUUAGAUCGAAAGUUAUUCAAGACAAACCAAAUGAUGAUGUACUGUUUGCUUUAGCAAUGGGUCCUUCGACAUUAGUUCGCACUUGGAAUGGAUACUAUGUUAAUGGAUACAAUUUCCAAACACAAGGAUCAAGCAAACACAAGUCCACCAUGAAUUAUGGAGUGUGUGUGUCUAAUGACGGAGGGAGUGAUUUCUUUGGGAUUCUAGAUGAUGUUAUAGAAUUGAAGUUUACUGGUGCACUUAGGCAAUAUAACACAAUUUUAUUCAAGUGCAAUUGGAUGGACAAUGUCAGGGGAAUGAACAUCGAUCAAUACAAGCUAGUUGAAGUCAACCAUACCAAGAAAUACCCCAAGUUUGAUCCCUUUGUGCUAUCAUACCAGGUUAGCCAAGUAUACUUCGCACCGUACCCAAGCUUGAAAAGAGAUCGUGCUCAAUGGUGGGCUGUGUUUAGGACAAAGGCAAGGUCUGUGAUUGAUGCUCCUGUUGACUUCGACUUCCUUCAGGAGACAAGUGUUGGGACUCCAACUCUUUCUGAUCCAAGUGAUAUUCCCGAUUAUGAAGAGGGUAAUGAUGUUGAGUGUGUUCAAGCAGAUGAUGAAGAAUUUUAUUCGAAGUCCCCUCAGUGA